CGUAGGGGCGCUUUCCGCCGAGAGUCUGCAGCCACCGGUCCGCGUCCCCGCCCUAGCCGUGGAGGAGCCCGGCCCCGGUGCAGCCAUUGAUAUCUCAACAAGCAUGGAGAUAAGAUUAGAAGUUUUGACAUCAACAAGCAUCAAGCAGAAAAAACCCUGGCCUAGAAUUUCCUGGUUGGGACAGGAAAAUGAAGCUGUUUUUCUUUUGGAUGGUAAAUUCAUAAAUGAGAUUAAUUUGCUGUCAGGAAGAACAAAGAAGAUUCCUAGUCUGCAGACUUUGUUGAAGAAUGUUUUUGUCCUGACAACAUCCAGUAAUGAUGCCUGGUUGGCUGGGGUACUCACCACUGGGGAGCUUUUCCUUUGGAACAAAGAUCAAGAUUGUUUGAAAACUCUACAAGUAACUGAACAGCCUAAGGAAAUGAUAAAAGCCUCUGUAGGAAGCUCUUUAAGACUACACUUGUAUGUUUCUGGAAAUGGAAAAAGAGUUCUGCUUAUAGCACCUUCUGGAUGUGUAUUUCUUUGGGAAUAUUUGGAAUUAAAGAAUAUUGUAUCUUCAAAAAGCCUCGCAUUGGUGGGUCAGUGGUCCCAGAUCAUACCUGAAGAAGCAGUUCUUUUGCCUUCCACUGAUGAUAAAGAAGCUGUAGUGAAUGCUGUUUUUGUAGAAAAUGAGUUGUUUGGUGACUGCUGCCUGUGUUCAUUUACAUUUUAUUCUGGGGAAUGCCUGAAGUUAACGUUUCUAGCAAUUCGGUGGCAUGAGAAUGUAUUUACCCCUUUAAGGUCAUUGCCCUACCAUGUUCAUUGGGCACAACAGGAUUGUCUUCUGAGUAGUCUGAUUCCCACAUGUGAAUCCAUAAAGUCAAGAGGAGCACUAAUUUCUGCAUUUUCAAGAGAUGGCCUCACCCUAGCAGUAACUCUUAAUCAGACAGACCCAAAGGCAACUCAGGUAUUAUUUAUAAACACAGUGAAUUUUGUUACUCUCUGUGGUAGCCUUAAAGGAUGUAGUAAUAAGAAUCCUGUGGUUCCAGCUACACUUGUCAGGUCCUAUUGGGUAGGUGAUGUCAGCUGGACACAUGAUAGUCUUUUCCUGGCUUGUGUGUUAAAACGUGGUUCCCUGCUGUUAUUGACCUGCCAAGGUGAAUUGCUAACAUUAAUUACAUUUGGUUGCUCUAUUGAAUUUGGGCCAGCAGAAUUUAUUCCUCUUCAUCCACUAAUAACAUAUAGACCACAGCACUUUACAUUUCAAGAUUCAAAUAAUUCUGUAGAUUCAUCAGCUUCUGAUAGUGACCCUAUGAGACAGAGGUUUUCUAUAAAAGCACAUUCACGGUUACCCUACUUCAUUAUUUCUGAUGGAUACAUGAUCACAACUCUUCGAUUUCUUGAUAACCUGUCUCCUUCAGUGCUCAUGAGAUCACUUCUACUUGAUUCAACCCAGAGGCUUGAGAAAACAUACCAAAGUGUGAUGUUAUCUAAGCCAAAAGGCAAAGGACUGAACUUGCAAUCACUGGAUUCCCUAAGGUCUAGCCUGUUAAAACAGCAAGGAAAUGAAAGUUCAGCUGAUUCUACUGUCCCCAAGUUUUUGCGAACAGAAGAAACAAUAAAGUUAAAUGAAAAAACAGAUUUUCAGGACUUUGAAGCAGAAGAAACUAAUGAAGGCAAAUACUUUUCAAACACCUUAUUUCCUUUUUGGAGCCAAAAAAGUGAUCCUCUGUUUAUCAGUGCCAAGGAGGGAAGAUUGGAAUUUGCAUCUAUGUUUGAUACAAUACAUGCAAAGGAUGAUAUUAAGGAGACAGACAAAACCAUUACAGAACUGCAUUCUAUUCAGAAAAAUCUUCUUGCAGCAUGGACUGUAGGAAUUUCAAAAAAUGUGAUAGAAAAAAGUUUAAUGUUAAAUUAUACAGUAGUUUGUAUCACCCAUUUUUUCUACAUUCUUCAGUUUGUAAAGUGUCCUUUCCCAAAACUUAGUAUUUUUUUAAGCAAGAUCCCAAAACAUAAUUCAUGGGUACUUUGUAUCUUCCAGCUUUUUCAUCAGUGUUUAUCCACCCAGUAUUGGGAUAUGAGAUAUAGGCAAGACGUGAGACAUUUGAUAAAACUGACCUCAAAUACUAUAAAGCUUUUGCUGACUCAGCAACAAAAGGGUCACUUACUCUCAGAGAAACUUUUUGCCUGCUUUUAUUUACUUAGAAUGGUAGCUGACAAUUUAAAUGGCGUAUAUCAGCUUCAACCUGAAGUUAUUUCAGCAUCAGCUGAUGGAAGUAGAACAACAGAUCAAGACUCAUUGGUGGUAUCUAUUUUUCAAAUGUUUCAAGACAGUAGUUCUCAGGAAAACUGGUCUUGGAAGUCAUCUUUCAAGAUUCAUCCUCAAGUAACAAAUCUUGUUCAACAACCGAGUCACAGAUUGAUUGCUCUCUGGAGAAUAUUGUACAAAAAAACUUUAUGGUAUCAAGCACAGUUAAGUCGAAGAAUUCCUGAAGGUGACAGACAGUUAAUUGAAAAUAUAGCAAAUGAAGCAUCUACUGUCAAAUCCUUGUUAUGUCAUAUACAGGCUAAUUUACAGACUGCUGGAGAUCACUUGAACCAGGCCUUAGAACUUACAUCAAUCCAUGGUGAAGAAUGUUUUCUGAUAGGAUCAUAUGAAAAGUCUAUUCAACUGUGGAAGAAAGCUCUAGAAGAAAUCCAAGAGACAGGAGGAAGAAGGACCUGUUUUUUUCAGAUACGUUAUUAUCUCUCUCUAUUAUACUGCUACCUUUAUAGCUAUAAUUUAAAUGAUGCUCAAGGAUUAUGUGAUCAGCUAGUAAGAGAAAUACUGAGAUGGUCCCAACUACCUAUUAAAGAAAAUGAAGAUUGUUCAGACCCGAACCAGUCUGGCUGUGAGUCUGUGGUGUCUGGAUGUGUCUAUCCUGAGGCUGCACUAAGAGUCAUCCAGGCCAUGGCUCGUUUCAUGGCUGCCUACUUCACCAAUCAGCUGCUUUGUAUUUUUCCUCCUCACAGUGUGAAUGUUCUUCCUCCACUUCAUAUUAAAACAGAGCAGUCUCUUCGACUUAUUCCUCUGCAACACUCCAAGGUGGCCAGUAUUGUUAGAGACCAGAAUCUUUCUAAUGUGUGGACAGUUGAAUAUGCCCUGGAAUUAUUGUUCAUUGGUGGCUUGGUUACAGAGGCUAUAUGGUUAUCAUAUAAACUUGGAGACUGGAAGACAUCUGUUGCAAUUGGCGUGGCCUUCCAACUCUUCUAUAAACAUGAUAGCAAUUUUGUGAGGUCCAAAAAAAAGUGUCCGAAGCUACCAUUAAAUAUGACUCCAGCUCACAUUUUUCAGAAAAAAUUGCAGUGUUUUUUAGGUCAACCAACCUCUUUGGAAGGAAAACAGGAAAUGGGCUCAAAAUAUAAACAAUUCACAGAUCCCAUUGAAGAGGAAGAUGCAAAUCUGCUAUUUGGUUCAGUACAAGAAGUCCUGAAAGCAUCAGUUAUGGCUGAUGCGGAUAUUCUUUCAGACACUUUACAGCAUCUGAUAGAUUCUGCCAAGGACUUCAGUAAGAGACUGUGGGGCUUAGUGCCUGCCGGCUUGUAUCUUCCAGCUCCUCCAUUAUAUUGUCCCCAGCCAGCUAUUCUUAGUCAAGAAGAUGGAGAUGAUCUUUUUGUAAAAGCUGAAAAAGACAAUCGCCAAAAGGUGUCUGGAAUACUUCAGAGAGUUCUCUUGCUCUUCAGGGCAACUCGGUGUUCUUUUCCUGUAGCACAGUGGUACAUUUUGCAGCUGAGGAGGGCAAGAAAAAUCAUGCAGAAGAUUCGAAUGAAAGGUUCUCUUCCAUCAUUGAAUCCUUUCCCCCAGUCCUUACUUAACUACUGUAAAGGAGGAGUAGCAUUCUUCAGACCUGGAGCAACUGGAGACCACAAGCUUGAUGAAGUUUCCAUUAGAGCAAUUGGUUGCUUCAGAGAACUUUGUGCUUUGUGCUGGGUGCUACAUAUCCGUGAUAAAUUAUCCUAUAGUUGUAGGCAAUAUCAGAAAGCAAGAGAAAAUGUGAUGGGAGAAAAGGACUUUGAAGAGGAGUUUGAUUCCUGUAUGGUGGAGCAUUGUCUCAGUGCACUGGAAUGGGCUUAUAGAAUGCUACCUUUCUCUCGGUUUUUUAAUAUUGAAGAACUUAUUCAGGAUAUAAUUUUGAGCCUUAUUGGAGAAUUGCCACCAAUCAGAAAGGUGGCAGAAAUAUUUGUGAACGCAUUUCCAAAUCCCGAGGAAAUAAGAGUUCCUUUAAGAGAAAAGUAUCAUUGUCUUCGACAGAGACUCAGACACUGUGUUGUAAAAGGUCCCCAGACUGAGGAAAUGAUGUCUGUUGUCAUGCAUUCUAUCCAUAAAGUGAGGGUAAAAGCUCUAAAACGUGUGCGGAGAAAUAUAGGUUCUUUUGAGAUGAAUGUAUGGGAACCAAUUGAAGAAGAAAAACCAGAUGAGACUGUGGGUUUGGAUAGGUUUUCUCUGGGGACUAGCCUGAGCAGAAGCACUCUCACAGAACUGGGAAAUUCUAUGAUCCAUAGUGAAGGAGAUACAGCCGAUACAUUCUCUGAAGCUUUGUCGGCUGAAGAAAAAACUAGGAUACCUUUCUGUCAAAGAAACUCCUCAGAUAACAUGGAAUUAACACUGAUUCAUAAGCCCAGUGAUAGAAAGAAAAUAUGUAAUCAGAGUAAAAACCCUAAACGGAAAGAAGAUCAUGAAAAGCUGUCACAAAGUACACUUCCUGUAAUAGGUAUUUGGGAAUUUGAGCGUGAUGAUGAUGAAUAUAUUAAAUUCCUUGAUCUUUUCUUGAGUUACGUUCUUGAAAGAGACCUGCUCAGUUCCAGAGAUCCUGGCAUUCCACUUUUAACCAGCUUUUCUGUACAACUUAGAGAACAUGAGCUUAAUUCUUUACUUUUUGAUGUACAUACAACAUUAAAACGACGUCAGGGCAAAACUAAAAGCCAGAAUGUGUUUAGAGCUGGCUCUUGCUUUGUUGUUGCUCCUGAGUCACCUGAAUCUGGAAAAGUGUCCUCUGUAAGUGAUGGAUAUGCCAUAACUUUAGAAAACCACGCACUUUCGACUUCAGAACUUGUUAGUCAUGGGAUGAGACCUUUUUUAGAGAACCCUUUGCAUGAAAUCAGUAAAGAUGAAGGAAAGAGUGGAUUGUUUGGUUUAAAAAAAAAGUCAAUUUACAGAAUUCAAGAUGGUAAUCGAGAGAAACCUCUGAACCAGAGACCAUCAAACCAUAGUUUUUGGUCUUCCAAGACCACUAUAACUAGAAGACACAGUUUCAAAGCAGUUCAGUGCAAUGAUAUUAACCCUCAGGAAGAUCUCCCUUUGACAGUAAAGAAUGCAUUUGGCAGUAUAGGAAGACUGUUGGAGUGGAUGAUAAGGUGGUCUGAUCGAAGAUUGCUCUGUGAUUCUGGUAUCACUCGGUCACCCUGUGAGUACAGUCCAGUAAUUCGUGUGAAGACUUCUGCAGCUGCCAUUCUUACCUCAUUAUGGCUUUUGGAGCAACCCUAUUAUUUUUCUACAUCUAAGGCAAAAAAUGCCAUUAUUAAGGAGCUAGAGAAUCAUACUAAGUCUCAGAUUGGAUGCAGUAUGGAGAGGAGGAGGAGCAAAACUGAUGCUGGCUGUUUAGUUGUAGUAGCAACUCAAGGUGGAACUGAGGAAAGAGAUGAUCAGAAUGAAUUUUGUCAAAGUAUCUUGAAUGGAAAGCUGACUGAAGCAGAAAAUCCUAAAGUAAAAGAAGUCAAUGAUGAGAUUAUUUCCAUCAGUCAUAAUUCUGAAAAAGAAUUUAUAGAUUCCAGUGAGAAUCUUUUAGAAGUAGAAACAUUUACACAGGAUGAAAUGGAUAUGCAUAUGUCAAACUGUGAAGAAGAAUCUGUUGGAGGUCUCAAAAGUCCCAAUAUUGCCAUUUACAUGCCAGCUUUACCACAGCAAUUGGAAGAGCAUCUGACAGAAGAGGUUUUGUGUCCAAGGGAAGAACCAUGGGAGGCAAAUAUGAAAGAAAAAUCAGUUGAACAGAAAGGUAUGACUGAAGCCUUUUCAAAUCCUGAACAUGCUGUUUCUCACUCGCUUUGUAUAGAUACAAAUUCAGAAAUUUCUAGUGUACAGAUUUCUGCAUUUAAAGGUAAAUCUCCUUCAUUUCUGCCCCUGGUAUCAACUGGAGUCAAUGUUGCUUCAGAAACACCUGUUCCAUCACCUGGGGCGACCCAGAGAAGUGAACACAGGGCUCAAUUACCAGAUUCUUCAGAUUCUGUUAGACAAAUGCUACAAGAUGAAAUGUUUAAAUUAGUUCAGCUGCAACAGAUCAACUUCAUUAGUUUAAUGCAAAUAGUAGGAUCAUCUUUUGCUAACCUCCCAGAUGUGCAUCAACUUCUACAGCAGACUCAGAUUGAACGUUUGGGAACAAGCCAGGUUUUAAACCCUACAGGAGGGAGUGAUGAUGUUGAAGUCAAUAGAAGUAGGAAUCUUAGUCAGAAAAUUUUCAUUAAACCACAGUCCAUGGGAGAGUACACCAGGGAGCCUGGCAAGAAUAACUCACAUGGCCAUGAAGGAAUUAUCCAUUCUGAUCAGAAUAAUAAUGGAAAUCUUCAGAAUGUUCCCCAUGGGAGUGUAUCUUCAUGUCAAGUAGAUGGCCAAUCUCAGAAGAUAGGACUCACCCCAGCAUCUCAAAGCUUAGCACCCCCUUCAUUUUCUCUAACUCCUGCUGGAAAUACUCCCUUCCAUCUUUUGUCCACGCCUUCUAAUGUCUGGAAGACACCUAGGCUUAUCCCACCUGCCAAAACGUCCAGUCCUGAUUCUGGCUUUCCUUUGCUUCAGUUUGAGCAUAAAUAUGAAUUCAAGCCCCUUUCUUUACAAGCAGAAAGAGUACCACACAUUCCCUUUCAGCCUCUGGCCCAGCCAAGAGAGGCUUGGGGCUUCCAGCCUCCUGUACCACAGGGAAAAAUACCCGCUACCUCAGGAUCCCACUCAAACUCAAGCCACUGCAGUACUGAAACCAUAAACAAAGCAACUGAGCAGAAGAAAUGGGCAGAAACUGUAAUUACAGACAUUCCUAUGAAAGUGAACUUCAGUCAGUAUAUUGGAGAAGAAAACUUGACAUCUCAACAGGACUCUGUAAUAUUAAUAAAGCCAGAAAAACUCUAUGAUGCUAAGCAAGGGUCCCUUAAGAUAUCUCCUGAGAAUUCCUUUGGACUUCCAUUGUUGCACCUGCAAUUUAAGUCUCCUUAUAUAUUUUCAUCAGCCACAAGAGCACCAAUUACAGUUCCCCCAAGACAUAUUAGAACUGUAGCAGAAGAAAGAAAAUACCCACAACUGUCAUUAUUGCAAUCAUGUUUGUCCUCGGAAAAUAUGUGUAAUAAACCGCAGCUUAUCCCACUUGAUAACCUCAUUACAUUUAAACAAAGCCAGCAGAAACUAACACAUCAUUUAUUGCAACAAGGGGAUUCUGGUUGCCUUCAGCUUCUCAAUAUCAAAGUAGAACCAUCUGGAAUAAGACAAGGAAAGAACAGUCACAAAAGGCAAAAAAGACGAACCGAGAAAGAGCUGCAAGAAAAAAGAUGCGAAAAACUGAGGACAAAAACAAGUGAACAAGAACAUCAUGUUUCUCAGCCUUUGGAUGAUUUCAGCAUUCCUCUUGAAAUGCUUAAAGACGAUGUUAAUACUUCCGCGGGAUUGCACUUCAUGGCUUCUGUACAAAAGAAAGUUAUAGGAAGUCAGGAUGCAAGCACAAAUACAGAACCAGAUAAGGAAGUUGCUUCUCAAGAAGUUGUUUCUGAAUGUGAUAAAAAUCAGCAAAUCAUUUCUUCCACCUCAGAAUAUGAACCUGUAACUGUUCCUCAGCUGUUGGUUCCAGAUGUACAUCUCAAUGUUGAACUUCCUACUAAAAUAUCAGAGAAAUCUUUGUCUCCUUCAGCACCUGAUAUGGUUGGACACACUUAUAUAAAUGUGGUUGACAUUGAAGCUGAUGAUCUACAGGAAUUACCUGUCAGAGCAGAGCCUUCAAAUGAGAAUGUUAUCAAACAGCAAAGUGAUCAUCUGGAGGUCCCAUCAUCUGCAGACUUACAUUAUCUGGCAGCUUCAGUUACCAAUACUUCUCCCCCACACAAUUGUAAAAGUCAAGAAGCUGMCAGUUCUCCUGUGGACUUAUUUUCUGAGCCUCCAAGAGUGACUCCAGCCUGUCUAGAUGAAAAAACCUGGAGAGCAGACUUUACAGAAGUGAAGGAACCUGGGAUCUCCUCAGUGACUCCAUUAGAAAGUCAGCAGGACCAAGGUUCCACAGCUGUUGGAAUUCUGGACCCUGCUUUGUUGCAAGAUGCAGGUUCAUUGUCUGUCAACAGUGGGCACUCAAGAGAUCUACCAAGACCAAGAUUCCAGUUCCAAGAACAGAGCACAAAGUCAAACUCUGCAGAAAAUUAUCUGCUGUGGAAAGUGCUGCAGGAUGUCCCUGCAGCUCGCCAUACUGCAGUUCGCCCUGUGCCAAGCCCUGCAGCUUGCCGACUAGAGUUUCUCAACGCUAAGCUUCAGAAAAUUGAUGAACAGCUGUUAUCAAUUCAGAACAUUGCCGACAACAUAGAGCAGGAUUUCCCCAGACCUGAAAUGCUAAGUUUACAUCAUGAAAAGGUUGGAUUGAUGGAUCAUGUUGAAUCGUCUUCUGGCCCUGAAUACAAAAAACCAGUAGCUUCAAAAGCCAUCAGCAUUUCUGAAGAAGUGAAUUUCCUGACUCAUACRGAUGAAGAAGAUAGAAGUGACAAAGAUGAGAUUUCAGAAGCUGCAUUUUCAGUAAUGGAAAAUCAUUCUAGUCCGAAAACUUCUGUGUUCCUUUCUGCUGAUUCAGCUGUCAGUCUUUCCAGUGACCAGAAUACUCCUUCACCUGGUGUGAAUAACAGUGAUGAAUUAUUUGAAAGUAUUUCAGUAGAUCCACUCCAGAUGGCUGGAUUGACUGACAUUGCAGACAUUAUCAAUGAUCUUAUAACUAGAGGCGGAGUUUCCAGUAAAGAGCUUGGUUUAACAGAACAACAAGCAAGGAGUAUCUCCAGGAUUCAGCAUUCUUCUGGCAGAUGUCCACAAAGAACUGAGAAGGAGAGAAGAGAGAUUCGAGCCUGGAUGAAAAGAAAACGAAAAGAAAGAAUGGCAGAGUACUUAAAUCAGCUGGCAGAAAAGAGAGGGCAAGAACAUGAUCCCUUCUGUGCCAGAAGCAAUCCAUUUUACAUGACUUCAAAGGAAAUCAGGCUGAGACAAAAGAUGAAGCAUGAGAAAGAUAGGUUGCUGCUCUCUGACCACUAUAGUCGGCGAAUCACACAAGCAUACAGUCUGAUGAAUGAACUGUUAUCAGAAUCAGUACAACUGCCAGUAACUGCACAGAAACCAUCUCCUAACAAACCCAGCACUGCUUGGCAUUCUGGACAGCAGUGCUGCCCUUCUCCAAGGAGAGAGUAUCACCAUGGACAUAAUUUUCUGAUAAAUCAACCUGGAAAAGUCAAAUGUAUUUCAAAAUCAAGUCAUACCCAUAAAGGGAAAACACUUGAACCAUCUCAAGAUUCACAUUGGCGAUGUGGAGCUGCCAAUUUCCCCAUAGAGAAAAGAGCUGGUGGAGCCAAAGAGGCACUAAGAAAGGCUGUGCAGUCUCCAGUUACCUUCCCAACAGGCUCUCCUUCUCCAUGUCUGCAGCAGACAAAAAAACAUAGAUGUGCUGGGCUUGCACCUCAGACAACGCAGGUGCAUAUAGAAUACGAGAGAGAGGAGAUCAUGACGAGUCCCUGGACGUUACCUCCUGAAAUCCACCGAAUUCUUCAUGAGACUCCUGGUUCCCUUUUGCAGGACUUGUCACAGGAAGAGCCUGAGCCUCAUUUUGGGGUGGCUGGCAUGCACAGCAUGUCUGAGAGCACUGGCAGCAUCCUCAGCAAUCUUGACUGGAAUGCCAUUGAAGAUAUGGUGGCCAGUGUGGAGGAAAAGAGCCCAUCCGUCCGCUGGGCCAUGGGCCUGUAAAGUCUGGASAUCAUUCUGUUUCCAGGCACCAGCAAGCAACUCAUUAAAGUGCUUCUGAAAGAUUUGGGGGUUUAGGAGAGGAACAAUGAAGAAAGCAAACUGAAUUUACCACCUACAGCCAUAUUAUCUCCUGGAUUAGUCAUUUCAAGAGGGAAAAUAAACAUUUCUCAAUAAUUUUGUCUUCAUAAGGGCUUUUUAUAAUAGAUGUGCUAAGUCUUUGCAUUUGGCUUAUGUUUAGGCAUCAUUUAAAAACACA